GUGGAAUUACACGUGUCAGCUUAUGAUUGGUUGAUGUCGUCACGGUGCCCAAUCGCGUGAAGGAUCCGAGACAUUGAACGUCGUUCGUUACUGCCACUUGAAAACAUCGGUCCGCGAGCAAUUCGCUUAUAUGUAAAUUUUACGGAUGAUCGAACUUUUGUCUAUUUUUUUUUGUUCUUCGCAUCUCUUCAAUCUAUUGGCGCUGAUUCGUUCGGCAAUGGCGGUGGAAUCUUCCUCGAGGAGAAAGAUUUCCUUCGAGAUUCUCAGCCGAGGCAGUUCCUUGGACGACGAUGCGUCCAUGUCGAUUCGUCGAUCCAGCUCCGAUCCGAUCCGCGGGAACGGAGUAGCCGAGUCGCGGAGGGAGAGCGGGAAACGAAGGAGACAUAAAGGAUCGAAGAAGAAGAAGAAGAAGAAGGAGAAGUUUACCGACGUCGAGGUAAUUCCUGAAAACGGGGAUUAUCGUCAUGUGCUCGCAAACGGUACUGUGGGAGUUUCGAAUUGCGAUUCCUCUGGCUUUUGCGAUUUUGUGGCCGACGGUAAGCGGACGUUGUUUGAGGACAGAAUGAGUUACUUCGCUGGUGGCAGUGGAAGCGGAGCGAGCGCGGUGACUCUGGUGGAUGGCGAGACUGUGCAUCAGAACGGGUUCAAUUUCGGCGAGCUGAGGCAGAGGAAUGUUAACAGUAGUGCGUGCAGCAGCAACGAUGAGCGAGUGUCCGAGUCGAAAACUUCCGACAAGACGAUUCGACGGGAGGAGAGUGGUCCGGAGCUUAGAUCCUCUGAGAAUCCGGCAUUUCAGGAGGAACAGCAGCUGCCUCCGCCGCCGAGAAUUGGACCCACUGGGAAUGCAAUGACGAGGCUCGAAACGGCAGGGUCUUUGGAUUGGAAGCAACUCAUGGCAGAUGAUCCUAAUUAUCUAUCUGCUGAGAAGAAGUCACCUAUGAAAUACUUGAUGGAGGAAAUUUAUGGCGGAAAUUCAUUACGGAGCACAACUACUUCUGGAAACGAACAAGAACGUGAAAGAGUGUAUGAUACGAUCUUCCGCUUACCAUGGAGAUGCGAAGUGCUUAUAAAUGUCGGCUUUUUUGUCUGCUUCAAUUCAUUUCUGUCAUUGUUGACAGUCAUGCCAAUAAGGGUCCUGAUGACAGUGUGGGGCAAUUUCAAGAAGAGGCAGUUAAAGAGGCCCUCCUCAUCAGAGCUGUCUGAUUUUGGCUGUUUUCUAGUUUUGGCUUCCGGGAUCACUCUCCUGGGAAGAACAGAUAUCAGCCUAAUAUAUCACAUGAUUCGUGGUCAAAGUACCAUCAAACUUUAUGUGGUCUACAAUGUCUUGGAGAUAUUUGAUAAACUUUGUCAAAGUUUCUGCGGAGAUAUACUUCAGGCUCUAUUUAGCUCUGCCGAGGGAUUGGCUAGCUCGCCUCCUGAAAAAUUGAGUUUCUGGACAUGGAGAUUCGUUUCUGACCAAGCAUUAACCAUGACUGCCUCAAUUCUUCAUUCGUUCAUUCUGUUAGCUCAGGCAAUCACAUUGUCGACUUGUAUUGUUGCUCACAACAAUGUCUUGUUCGCCCUUCUGGUUUCCAAUAACUUUGGGGAGAUCAAGAGCCAUGUCUUUAAGCGUUUCAGUAGGGACAACAUCCAUGGUCUAGCAUAUGCUGAUUCAAUAGAGAGAUUCCACAUAUCGGCAUUCCUGGUGUCUGUGUUGGCUCAAAAUAUUCUCGAGGCUGAUGGUCCAUGGUUUGGAAGCUUUCUAUCUAAUGUUUCUAUGGUCUUCUUCUGCGAAAUGCUGAUAGAUAUAAUCAAACACUCAUUUCUCUCAAAGUUCAAUGGCAUCAAACCUAUCGCUUACUCCGAGUUUCUUGAAGCCCUCUGCGAACAGACACUGAACAUUCAGAACAGAGACAGGAAGACGGUUCUCACUUUUGUCCCCUUUGCUCCCGCUUGUGUGGUAAUACGGGUAUUGACUCCAGUAUAUGCAGCAUGCAUACCGUAUAAGCCUCAACCGCUGAGGAUAGUCGGGAUACUCGUCUUGUCCGGGGUAACAUACAUGAUGAUGACAAGCCUCAAAGUCCUAAUCGGUAUGGCUCUUCGGAAACACGCUACUUGGUACAUCAAUAGAUGCCGAAAGCGAAAAUUCCACCUCCACACCGAUUAGGACAUUAUGAAUUUACCCCACCCUCGAAAGUUUUUACUACAAAGGCAAAGAAUGAAUACAACACAAACACAAACACAAACUGUCAUUCUUCUCUGAGUUCCAUGGAAAGCUCGGCCAAAGAAAUGUGUCCGGUCGAACAAAACUGAGGCUCUGGUUUCAGACAAGUGAGUAUGCCUCUUUUGGGUUCUCUCUCGUCUGGUUUACAUUUUUUUUACAGAAAUAUGAUCAAUCACAGUUCUCACAAUCUGUUUUUGGUACCACAGGCAUAUAUGUAUAUGUAUAUGUAUAUGUACAAAAACCCUACAAGGGAUCCCAAAAACAAAUGAGAUGUUGUCUUUGUACAAAUACGAAAUACCCUACAAUCCAUUAAUUUUGUUUUUAAUCUU